CAGGUUAAGGAAUUAUUACUAUCCGGAUCUCUAAUAUACCCUAGCUUACUGCUAGGUGCAAUAUUAAAUAGCUCUGGUUUCGGCUUAGCUCCUGUUAUACUAGUAGGCAAUAAAUAUAAUAGAGUAAUAGAGCGCGAAGUGUUUAUAAAGGAAGGCAGUAUACUUGCCUAUAAGCUAGAAUAUAACUUUAUAAAGGCUUUUGCAAAGAACUAUAUAAAUAUUAAAAAGGCCUUUUAUAAUAUUAUCCGGCAACUAAGGCGGUAA